AUGAGAGUUUUUUUCAUAAUUAGGUCUUACAAGUGGCUAACGAACGAGCUAACCAGAGUCGAUCGGACAGAGACACCAUGGCUAAUCGUAGUUAUGCAUUGUCCGAUGUAUAGCAGUUACGUUCAUCACUAUAUGGAAGGAGAAACCAUGCGAGUUAUGUACGAACAGUGGUUCGUCGAGUACAAAGUCGAUGUAGUAUUUGCUGGUCACGUCCAUGCAUACGAACGAUCUGAACGGAUAUCGAACAUAGCAUACGAUGUGGUGAAUGGGUUGUGCACACCUGUCAGAAAUGAAUCUGCUCCGGUUUACAUCACUAUUGGAGAUGGAGGAAAUCAAGAGGGCCUAGUCACGGAGAUGACGGAGCCGCAGCCGAGUUAUUCUGCUUAUCGAGAAGCGAGUUACGGCCACGGCAUUUUUGAUAUUAAAAACAGGACGCAUGCCUACUUCGGUUGGCAUCGUAAUCAAGAUGUAUUUGCUGUUGAAGCUGACUCUAUGUGGUUUCGAAAUAGGUACUGGAAAUCCUUGCAAGAGUUAAGAACACAAAAUUAUAUAAACAUGUGAAGAUUGU